CUAUUAAAAUCUAAAAGUGAGGUUAUGAAGUUAUGUUUUGAUUGUUAUCACUUUUUCAAAAUAUUAAAUGUCAUUUGGGCUUAGGAAUAAUAUAGAAAAAAAACUAGUUACUUUUUAGUUAUUCUAGUUACUAGUUAACUUGACUUUCUGAUAGUGUAAUAAAUUCGUUGCUUUGUAGAUAGUUUUUGAAAUGAAUCCAAAAUAUUGCUGACUGACAAUUUUAUUAUUGAAUUUAUUUAAAAAAAGAAUAGUUGUUUAUUGACGGUUUUGGACUUAAAGUUGGUCUGAUUUGAAAUUAACUUAGAUUUUUCUAAUUUCUAAGUUACUGUUUUCUUUUAGAAAUACAAUUUUUAAAUAUAAACUUGAAAUUUUGAUACUUUUACUGAUAGAAAUUGAUGAAAUUAAUUUUACGAUGUCGGAAGGCACUUUUACAAGAGAAGUUGAAUUAAAUUAUCUUGGAUUGACUCUCAAACUACGACAACAUUUUGUAGGAGAUGUAAGUUGUGUGGUAUGGGACGCCUCUAUUGUUCUGGCAAAAUAUUUAGAGAGACUCUACAGUGAACAAAAAAAGAAGUUUUCCCAACUCAAUAUCCUGGAGCUUGGAGCUGGUUUAGGAUGUGUCGGCUUAACUGCAGCUUGUCUAGGAGCAAAUGUGACAGUGACUGAUUUACCAGAAGUUUUGCCAGCAUUGCUCUCAAAUAUUGAGGAUAAUAAAAGUAUUUGGAAGAAGAACGGGGGGAAAAUUAAAGCCAAGCCCAUUGAUUGGUCCUCAACGUUGUCUCUAGAGGAAUGGGACAUGCCUGAUCUGAUAGUGUUGGCAGAUUGUGUUUACUAUCAAGAGUCUGUCAAUCAUCUCAUAGGAACCAUGUUGAGGCUUAGUAGUGAUGAAACUGAAUUCCUGUUGUGCCAAGAAGAACGACAAACUGACAAACAAAAAAAUGUCUGGAAGAAUUUCUUAGAGAAGUUUGAAACGCACUUCGAUUUCACUAAAGUACCACAAAGUGAACAGCAUGAAGUUUUCAAAAGUGAAGAUAUUUGCAUAUUGAAUGCUAGGAGAAAAAAGUUAUAAGCUCUGAUCAUGAAAAUUCAUGCAAUCGCAUUAUUUUGAUUAAUUCGAUUGCUUUCUCUAUACAAGGUUUGGAUAACUCUAAUUACUUGUAAUUUGUGAUUUUUCUCAAGUAUAAAUUGUAAAAUUUUGCUGCUUUUUAAGGUUUGUUAUAUGUAACUCAUAUUUUAAUAAAUGUAAAUAAGAAGGGGUA